CGUGAUCAUCCACAUGACAUUCUAAUGUGAUGACUUGGGGCGCAGCCCCUACCAUCUCAAACAUGAGAGAUUCCAAUAUAGAAACCAUAUCUUAGACUCUUCAAAUUUCACUGAAGGAGCUCUCGCAAGGUGAUCUGCGGACCUUCUGGAUCAGCUUCCUGAACGCGGUCGUCCCUAAAAUUUUCCAUGGCGAAUCAAGGAGCCAAGAAGCGCAAAGAAGAGAACACUCGGCACAUGAGGACCCUCCAUCGCCUAAUCCUCAUCUGCAAUGUUCUCUAUCUCUUGGUGAGGUUUGGGAUUUUCUACUCCAGUUUGUCGUGGAUGCAUUGGGUAGGGCUGGUAUUCACUUCGGCAGCCUACUUUUUGCCUUACCAACAGCUGGCUGCCAUGGCUAAGCCCAGUUAUGGUGAUGAUGGGGACCUCAUUGAUGGUGGAUAUGAUAUGAGUACUGGUGGAGUUUGCGGGUAUUUACAUGAUGUAAUCUAUAUCACAUGUUUUGUCCAACUAACAUCGAUCUUGUCGGACAAGUUUUGGUACACAUACCUAGUGAUACCCGGAUUUGCAGUAUACAAAUCAUCUGGAUUCCUGAAGGGGCUUUUGUCAAAUGGUUCUGAGAACGCCGAAGAAGAUGAAAAGACUAGAAAAAAGAGAGAGAAAAUGGAAAAGAAGGGUUCAAGAACGAAAUUCGUCAAGACGAAAGGUCGAUGAUGCCCUAAUUCAUUAGAGACCAGUGGUUUCUGUCUUUGUAGUAGCAUGUUAUAUGAUUCUUGGAAAAAUGCAGCAAUCUUGUUAUUGACACUAGAUUUGUAUCCCUGUGUUGCACUCUCAGAAAAUUUUAUUUACAAUAACGAUGUAUUCCGUAAUAUUUUAUGGUUAUAGAUUACAAAUAAUACAAAUACAAACUAUUGUCACCG